AGAACAUCCGACAGUUACUGUCCUCUUGAGAAAAAUAUUUGAAUUAAAAUUUAAAUUUAAAACAAAAAAAAACUAUUUGUUUAUUUUGUCGUCGGUAUUAAAAUGGCCACCAGCAAUGAUGUUAUUUCGUCAGAUAAAAAUUUUAGUGGUAAACAUGAAUUUGAUAAAUUGUCAUCACCAACUGAUUCAAAUUUGAAAAAUAAUGAUAAAUUUUACGGAGUAAUAUUUCUGAGUGCAGUGACCGGGAUAUCAGCUUUGGUAGGAUUCGGAACGACAGUGGCUGCUUUAAAGAAAAAAGAUCCAAAGUUUUUCCAGGAAGGAAUCGUUGGAGUUAAAGGAGCAACUGAACCCGCAGUUUCCUUGGCAGUGAGAGCACUGGGUCUAGGAACACUCUAUGCAGUGACGGGCUGCGGGUUGCUGUUCUACGGAAUCUGGAAGAUGUCCGGUGCCACCAAUGCUCUGGAAUUUCGUGAGAAAAUGGGAUCUAUUUUACCCCGGAUUCCGAAAAAUAAUCCUCCGAAAAGUAGAACUGAAUUCGAAGGACUCAAUGAUUUACUCAAGUACGUGUCUGAAGAAUGGGGCAAAGAAAGUACAAGUGACAAUAAAUAAUAAUUUAAUACUUUGCUUUAUAUUAUUUAUUUUAUAAAUUAUUGUUGUACUGAACUCUAAUAAAUCUUGUUGUUUUUUA